UGACAGCACACACCAGUUUAUCGUUGGCACGAUGGCAGCGGUUGAUGUUGAGAGGGUCGGUAAUAGUUUAAACGUGGAGCAGGGUGUUAGAAACCUGAAGCUUGCAGGUCAUGUCGGUUUCGAUAGUCUCCCAGAUCAGCUUGUGAACAAAUCUGUACAGAAUGGGUUUGUGUUCAAUAUACUAUGUAUUGGUGAGACUGGUCUUGGAAAAUCAACCUUGAUGGAUUCAUUAUUUAAUACAAAUUUUGAAUCUACUCCGAGCCCUCAUAAUCUCCCAUCUGUUAAAUUGAAAGCUCACACAUAUGAACUACAUGAGAGCAAUGUAAGAUUGAAGCUCACUAUAUGUGACACUGUUGGUUAUGGUGACCAAAUUAACAAGGAAGACAGCUUUAAAGCUGUUGUUGAUUACAUAGAUGCACAGUUUGAAGCAUAUUUACAAGAAGAGCUCAAGAUAAAAAGAUCCCUUUCGACUUACCACGAUGGCAGGACUCAUGUUUGCCUCUAUUUCAUCUGCCCUACAGGCCAUGGAUUGAAAUCUAUUGAUCUUGUAUGCAUGAAAAAACUGGACACAAAAGUUAAUAUUAUCCCAAUUAUUGCUAAGGCAGAUACGAUCUCAAAGACUGAACUGCAGAAAUUUAAGCAAAAAAUUAUGUCAGAGUUGACAAACAAUGGGGUACACAUUUACCAGUUUCCUGUAGAUGAUGAGUCUGUGGCAGAAAUUAACACAACAAUGAAUGCUCACGUCCCAUUUGCUGUUGUUGGCAGUACUGAUUUUGUGCGUGUAGGCAACAAGAUGAUGCGUUCCAGACAAUAUCCUUGGGGUACAGUGCAAGUGGAAAAUGAAUCUCAUUGUGACUUUGUGAAACUUCGUGAAAUGUUAAUAAGAACUAAUAUGGAAGAUAUGCGAGAGAAGACACAUAUGAGACACUAUGAAUUGUACAGAAAAAAGCGCCUGGAACAGAUGGGCUUUAGUGAUGUUGAUUCUGACAACAAGCCUGUAAGUUUCCAGCAAACAUUUGAAACAAAACGCAGCACUCACCUUCAAGAACUACAACAAAAAGAGGAUGAGAUGAGACAGAUGUUUGUGGUACGUGUAAAGGAGAAGGAGGCAGAAUUGAGAGAGGCAGAAAAGGAGCUUCAUGCAAAAUUUGAUAAGUUGAAGAAGGAGCAUGGUGAAGAAAAAAGGAAACUGGAUGAAACCAGAAAGAAGCUGGAAGAUGAAAUAAUUGAGUUUAACCGGAGGAAGCAGCAGUAUCAGCAGCAGAUGUCUUCCAGUCACCACACCCUUACUCUUGGGAAAAGCAAGAAGAAAUAAGUUACAUGACACGUUACCUAUAAUUUUUAUAGCAUAUACAAUGAUUUAUUUAUGCAGAGAUAUUUAUAUGUGGAAUUUAUGAAUUAGAGUUAUUUUAUUAACAUUAGUAGUUUUAUAUGGAUAUUGUAUUGCCUACUUCUUCAAAUUGCACUCAGAAAUAAGUGCACAUCAUUUAUAAUAUAAAUUUAUAUUCAAAUAUUGCACAUUCAGUAUUUUCAUACUAAUUUCUUUGCCUACCUAUCUGUGAUAUCUGCAUAGAAGUUAUCAUUUUAUCAUUCCAGAUGAUUAUUUAUUGAACUGUAACAGUAUUUUAUUCUGAUGUCAUUUUCUGUAGUAUUUACUAUUAUGUUACUGAAAAAAGUUGUUCAUUUUUACCUUUAUAUCAGUCUCAAAUAAAGUCAUAAUUUGCAGUUGUAGAAAUAGUGUACCUAACUACAAAUUUCGUUGUGUUGGUAAUAGAUUUUUGGAGGGAGGGAUAGGAAUUCUGUAUGCAUAUCUUCUUGACCACAGUGAACAGAAUGACACAAAUUUAAAACUAUUUAUCAAGGAACUAUUGUCUAAGUGUAAGGAAAUAUCAUGCAAGUGUCUACUAGCAAUGGGACAAAAUACUGUGACUGCAAUAUAAACUGUGUCUAUCAAAGACACCCUGAAACUGCUGGCAAUCAGUGCACACCAGAAUAGUUACCAAUAGAAUUUUAUGGCAUUCUUCUCAAAGGAGGCUAUCCAAUUCCUUGCUAGUUCCUGAGAGGAGGUAAAGAACUGUAAAUUACCAUAUUUACCCAAGUAUAAGGUGGCUCUUAUUAUAAGGCAACUCUCUCUCUCUCUCUCUCUCUCUCUCUCUCUCUCUCUCUCUGUUUUUAAGAGACUUCUGGAGAAAAAUUUGUUUUUGAUGUAUUCUGACUAAUGACAAACUGUUUUAUUGACAUAUGGGGGACAUUUGAAAAGUCUGUGCAAGAAUAAAAACUACUUACAUGUUUGGGGUAAACCUUUUUUAUUUUUAGACAUAUUCUCCUUUUAGACUUGUACACUUCAUCCAAUGCUGUUCUAAUUUGUUAAUCCCUUCUGAAAAUAGGAAUUGCCAAAGUCUCCAAAAUAGCUAUUACUUGCUGCAAUCACCACCUCGUUUGAAUAAAAUCUUUGUCCCACCAGCCAUUUCUUCAAAUUGGGAACAAAUAUUAGUCUGAGGGAGCCAAGUCUGGAGAAUAGGGGGGAUGUGAAACGAGUUGGAAUCCUAUUUCUAAUACCUUUGUGAACACAGCUGCUGAGGUGUGUGUUGGUGCAUUGUCGUGAUGGAAAAGGACUUUUUUGUGAGCCAAUCGCCAGCGUCUUUCUUCCAGCUCGGUUUUCAAAUGGUCCAGUAAUGAUGAAUAAUAGGCACCUAUAAUAGUUUUACCCAUUUUCAGAUAGUUGAUGAGGAUUAUCCCUUGCAAAUCCCAAAAGACAGUCACCAUAACCUUUCCGGCCGAAGGAAUGGUCUUCACCUUUUUUGGUGCAGAUUCUCCCUUGGUAACCCAUUGUUUACAUUGUUGUUUGGUAUUAGGAGUAUAGUAAUGUAUCCAUGUUUCAUCCACAGCGAUGAAACGUCACUUAAAGUCCUGCGGCUUCUUCCAGAACAGCUGCAAACCAUCCUUACAACACCUCACGAUUCAGUUUUUGGUCAAGUGUGAGCAGUCGCAGAACACAUCUUGGGAUAGCUUUCUCAUAUCCAAAUGUUUAUGCAAAAUAUUAUGUACCCGUUCAUUCGAGAUGCCCACAGCACUAGCAAUCUCACGCACCUUAACUCUUCUGUCAUCCAUCACCAUAUCAUGGAUUUUAUCAAUGAUUUCUGGAGUCGUAACCUCCAAAAGGCGUCCAGAAUGUUCAGCAUCACUUGUGCCCAUAUGGCUACUAGGAAAAUUUUGAAACCACUUAUAAACUGUUCUAAUCAGAGGUGCAGAGUCUCUUGAGGCAUUUUGCCUUUCAUAAAGUAAUGUUUAAUCACCACACGAAUUUCUUUUUUGUCCUUUAUUUGAUAAUCACUCGACUUCCUUGAGUCACACAAAUGCAAAACAAAAAGAAAUAGACUAAUAUGGCUGAACCUUGGUGUGCGUUCUUUCCAAAGAUGCUAGUAACUAAACAUGUCCUUCGAUAUGCGCCAGACUUUGCACGGACUUUUCAAAUUCCCCCCGUAAAGUAUCUGCCUAAAAAGUUUGCAUUAUACCUAUUCUAAAUUUGUCUACAUUUUGAUAAGACAAGAAGAAAUAAAAUAAACAAAUGGAAAUAGUUUA